GUCAUUGUACAUUCUCAUUUCCUGUCAGAUUAAGAACAGAACAACAUCACAGUGGUGAGUUUGCAUCCAUCACGCUGAGUCUACAAUGCUGUAUCCAAAGACAGAGCUCUGUGAUGGACUGUCCUUCAGGACCUGCAGGGUUUUCAUCAUUCUUCUAACACAGUGUUUAACAGUUUGCGUUGCAGAGCAGUCAGAGUUGAUUUGUUCACAUCAACCAAUCGUAGCCCUGGCUGGUGAUGAUGUCAUUCUACCAUGUUACCUUGAUCCUCCAAUCAAUGCCAGUUCUGAGACAGUGGAGUGGACCAGACCUGGUUUAGAUCCAAAGUACAUCCAUGUUCACCGAGAUGGACGACUGGUGUAUCACAGUCAAAAUCCAUCUUAUUUUUACCGAACGAGACUGUUUGAGGCUGAACUGCAGAAUGGAAACGUCUCCAUGAAAAUCUUCAGAGUGAAAAUCUCUGAUGCAGGAAAAUACUUUUGCUUCCUUGAACCAAUGUUGAAGGAAGCUUCCAUCCAACUCACUGUUGGUGUUGUCUCCACUCCCAUCAUAGAGGUUGUCUCCAAUAACAGUGGAAGUGUAGUUUUACAGUGUGAGUCUAAAGGCUGGUAUCCAGAGCCUGAGGUGGUCUGGCUGGACGGUGAGGGAAACCUCCUCUCUGCUGGACCUACAGAGACAGUCAGAGGUCCUGAUGACCUCUAUACUGUCAGCAGCAGAGUGACUGUGGAGAAGAGACACAGCAACAUCUUCACCUGUAGAGUCCAACAGAAGGACAUCCACCAGACCAGAGAGACACACAUCUAUGUUCCAGUUCAGCCUGAUCGGAUUUGGAGCAUCAUCAUUCUUCUUUGCAUUAAUAUGCUGCUCAUUAUCACUCUGGUAAUAUGCUCAAAGAAGAUCCAGAGGAUGAAAUGGAGGGACGACUGGAUGUGAGAAAGAUCCCAAUGAAGCAAAAAGUCUCAAAGAAGCAAAAUGCAGUUGAGGAAAAUGUUCUAAUGACGGAAAGGAAGAAACUUUUUCUCACAAAAGGCUGUGACUUUUUUUAAUAUUCAUUCAUCUGUAUAUAAAGAGCUCUUUGUAUCGUGUACCACCUAUAAACAACAUGUUUCUAUUAUUUGAAUUGUCUGAUUUUAUUUGACUCAUUGUUGCCUGAAAUGUAAAAUAAAAUGUAUAUAUAAUGUA